AUGGUGAUUGAUGGCAUGGAUCAAAGUUUUGAUUGGAUUACAAUAAGUAAUGAACAACCACCGAAUUCUGAAGCACAGAAGUUCUUUGACUUGUUAAAGGAUGCAGAUGAGCCAUUAUGGAAUGGUUGCAAAAAUCACACUAAACUCUCAGCAGUGACGCAGUUGUUAAAUCUUAAGUCUGAGUAUAAUCUACCAGAGGCAUGCUAUGAUAGACUAAUGUCAAUAAUAAAAAGCAUGUUACCAGAAAGUGAUAAUUUACCGCCAAAUUUAUAUAAAACAAAGAAGCAACUUUCCAAUCUUGGACUUGGCUAUAAGAAAAUUGAUGCAUGUGUGAAUAAUUGUAUUCUAUAUUAUGAAGAAUACAAGGACUACAAAGAAUGCCCCAUUUGUUUUCAUCCCAGAUACAAACCGAGGAAGCCUAGAGUGCGAAAAGAGGUGCCUUUUCAUGUCUUGCGGUACUUGCCGUUAAUACCUAGACUCAAGAGACUUUAUGCAUCUACAUAUACUUGUGAGCACAUGACUUGGCAUGCAAAAAAUCACUGCAUAGAUGGAAAAAUGGCACACCCAUCUCAUGGUGAAGCUUGGAAACAUUUUGAUCGCACUUAUUCUUCAUUCGCCUCAGAUCCACGGAUUGUGCGACUUGGAUUAUGUACAGAUGGAUUUAGCCCAUUUGGUCAUCAAAGUACCCCUUAUUCAUGUUGGCCUGUUAUUAUUACAGUUUAUAAUCUGCCUCCAUGGAUGUGCAUGCAGAAGCCUUUCAUGUUCCUUAACAUGGUUAUUCCCGGACCAAAGAGUCCAGGAAAAAAUAUUGAUGUUUUCUUACAUCCUCUAAUAGAUGAGUUAAGAGAAUUAUGGACUACUGGAGUACAGACUUAUGAUGUGUGUUCUAAACAAAAUUUUCAAAUGAAGGAUGCACUUUUAUGGACAAUUAGUGAUUUUCCUGCAUAUGCAAUGUUGUCUGGUUGGAGUACUCACGGUUGGUUGGCAUGUCCUUACUGUAUGGAACAUACAAAAUCAUUCCAACUUAAGUGUGGGAGAAAGGCUUCUUGGUUUGACUGUCAUCGUCAAUUCUUACCUCGUGAUCAUCCUUUUAGAAGACAAGCUUAUAAAUUUCGAAAGGGUAAAGUUGAAAUAGAUUCUCCACCUCUUCGUUUAAGUGGUAAAGACAUCUAUCAAAGAGUAAAUAGACUUCCACAUGUAACAUUUGGGAAACCACCAAGUGCCACCCAACCUAUUGAUGGAUUUGGAAAAACACAUAAUUGGGUUAAAAGAAGUAUAUUUUGGGAGCUACCUUAUUGGCAAACAAAUCUUAUUCGACACAAUUUAGAUGUGAUGCAUAUUGAAAAAAAUGUCUUUGAUAAUGUUUUCAACACUAUUAUGGAUGUCAAAGAUAAGACGAAGGAUAAUGCUAAAGCUAGAAAAGACUUAGAGCAGCUUUGUAGCCGUCCUGAGUUGCAUUUGAUUGAACAUGCACAUGGUAAAGUUUACAAACCAAAAGCACCAUACACUUUGAGCAAAUUACAAAUGAAAGAAGUAUGUAUUUGGACUAAAUCAUUAAAAUUCCCAGAUGGAUAUUCUUCGAACAUAUCUCGUUGUGUAAAUGAGAAUGAAUGCAAGUUUAUUGGAAUGAAGAGCCAUGAUUGUCAUAUAUUUAUGCAAAAAUUAUUGCCUAUUGCAUUUCGUGAUCUACUUCCAAAAUCAAUAUGGGAAGCAUUAACAGAAUUAAGUAAUUUUUUUCGAGAUAUAUGUGCAACUGUGUUGCGAGUAGAGCACAUGGAACAAAUUGGACUAAAUAUUAUUGAGAUAAUAUGCAAGCUUGAAAGGAUUUUUCCCCCGGUUUUCUUCGAUUCCAUGGAGCAUAUGACAAUUCAUCUUGCAUAUGAAGCAAAAGUUGGUGGACCUGUAUACUAUAGAUGGAUGUAUCCUUUUGAGAGGUUUUUGUACCAUUUGAAGAAAAAAGUGGGUAAUAGAGCUCGAGUUGAAGCUUCUAUUGUUGAAGCUUAUAUGAUUGAGGAAGUUUCAACAUUUUGUUCAUCGUACUUUGAACCACACAUACAAUCACGACUAAAUCGAAUUCCACGAAAUGACGAUGGAGGAGCAGUAGAUUCAUCUAGCGGGCUGUCAAUUUUCACUCACCCAGGGCGAGCACUUGGCUCUCGAAUUUCGAUUCAAGAACAUCCUUUUGAGGUUGAUGAUGACAUAAAGAAGCUGGCACAUGGUCCAAAUCGACGGGUUUCAAGUCACAAAGGAUACUUUGUCAAUGGAUUUAAAUUCGAGACCAUGGAAUAUGGGCGUUUCAAAGCAACAUCAAAUUAUGGUGUUUGUGUCUUAGGGAGCACCAUCAAUGAGUAUGAAGUGGACUACUAUGGGGUGUUGGAAGAAAUUUUGGAAUUGAACUAUUACGGUCUCAAGGAUGUUAUCGUAUUGUUUAAGUGUCAUUGGUAUGAUACAUCAGAUAAAGGGAUGAAAGUGCAUAGGUUGGGUCUUGUAGAAAUUAAUCAUAAAUCAAAGUUAAACACAAAUGACCCUUUCAUAUUAGCUGCUCAAGCCCAACAAGUGUACUAUACCAGAUCUCCUACCAUCAAACAAGAGAGAAAUGAUUGGGUCACAGCAUGCAAAGUGAAGGCUAGAGGAAAAUUUGACAUACCAUUCCUUGAAAAACAAGAUGAAAAUGUUUCACCAAUUGUUGAAGUUGCUUAUCAAGAGGAGGAGAUAUCCACUCCAAAUAAUGUUCUCACAGAUAUAGAUAUUGAUGAUGUUAACAUUAUUUUUAAUGUUGAUAAAGAGGAAUUAAAUGAAAUGGAAAUUGAAGAGCUUCGACGUGUUAUGAAUGGCAAGCAAGUUAUUGUAGAUAGUGAAGAGCUAGAGGAAGAACUUGAAGAUUUUGAUGAAGAUGAAGAAACACAAGAUGAAACAGAUUGUGACUCUAAUAAUAGUGAUAGUGAAUUAAUGUAG